AUGGCUCCCAAGAAGAAGAAGAAGAAGGGAAAGACCACUCGCGCGCGCAGUUCCAAACCCACCGCUUCCGCCGCCGGCGCCUCCCUUCCUCUUCCCCCAGAAGGGUCUCCUCCUCCUACCCCUCCUCUGCCCUCCGAUCUCCCCUUCCCUUCCUCCCUCCGCAUUCCUCCGACUCCCAUCGCGUUCUCCUUCUCCGGCGCCAGCCACCCUCCUCCCCCCGCCGACUCCCCAAUCCGUCCCCCCUUCGCUGGAUCCUCCCACCCUCCUCCCCCCGAUUCACCGACUCCCAUUCCCCCUCUCCCCUUCGAUUACCCUUCGAUCCCUCAAUUAGAACCACCCCCCGCCGCCGCCGCCCGACCGCGAAGCGAAAUCGCCCUCACCGUCGCCCGCCACACGGCCAGAGGGGCCGCCGCGGCAGCUCGCGAGAGGUUGAGCUCCUCGACGGCGGAGGCGGCUUCGCUGGAGCAGGGCCUGGAGAGGCUCGGCCAUACUCUGCCGACGAUGAUGUCGACGAUCUUGAGCAUCCAGGAUUUGGUCGAAGAGACUGGGGGCGACGAGGAGCUAGUGGAGGCAGGGCUCGACGCUUUCCGGAACAUGGAGACGAUUCAGCAGCUUUUCGAGACGACGAGGAAUAUGGUGAGGGAGAAGACGGCAGCGGCGGAGCAAGGCGGCGUCGAUUUCAGCAGAGACCUGAGGGAGGGAGGCGAUCGAGGGGGUUCUUGA